AUGGUUUCUCCAGUUUCUCCUCCCUUAGCUUCUCAUUCUUUAGCAUCUUCAAAUAAUAACAUCUCCCAGGGUUACCAAGUACCUGCUUUACCAUUCAUCCUUGUACCUCUUUUGCCUGUAGUUUACUGCAUCUUGUGGUGUUUAAUCCAUAUUGGACUCGUAUACUUGAAAAACAGAAGAGGAUCCGACACAGUUUCAGAGACACCUGCAGUUCUUCCAGUUCGAGUUUCUGGGCAAACGAGGCAACAACAACAGCAGCUUCAGUUACUGUACAAAGAAAAUGGAAAAAGUGGGUUAAAUAAAGAUUGCCCAAUUUGCUUGGAGGAGCCUGAAGGAGAAGGAGAGACAAAAGCGAAGGCCGAGACAGAGGCAGAGGCAGACGCAGAAGCAAUACCAUGGCGAUUGGUGCCUGAGUGCUGCCAUAGAUUUCAUGAACUCUGUCUAAACCGGUGGUUGAAAUUGUCACAAACCUGUCCACUUUGCCGGGUCGCUACUGAACUUGAAGCUUUUGUUGAUGUGGUUUGA